AUGAGUUCUACGUGUACAGUUCAAGGUAAAACAGCUUGGCCAGAGCUAUUGGGGCAAAAUGUUGAGAAAGCAGUGAGUAUAAUAGAGAAAGAGAAUCCAACUCUUCGCCCCGUCGUGUUAAAUAUAUCUCAGAAUAUUCCAGAUCCAGAUCCAGUGGACUGUACUCGUGUUCUUGUAUUUGUUAAUGACAACAACCAGGUUGCUCUUGUACCUAUUGUUCGUUGACCUUCUCA